AUGCCGUCUAAUAUACUACCGCCAACAGGGUACAUGCCCGCACCCCUGUCAUCGGGGUACGUGCUUGUGCCACCUGUACAAUCCGGAUACGUGCCUGCACAGCCUGCACCAUAUAUGCCCCCGAUGCCUGCGUCAUCCGGAUAUGUGCCUGCGCCACCCGGAUAUAUGCCUGCACCAUCCGGAUACGUGCCUGUACAGCCUGCACAAUCCGGAUACGUGCCUGUGCAGCCUGCACAAUCCGGAUACGUGCCUGUGCAGCCUGCAUCAUCCGGAUAUGUGCCUGCGCUACCUGUGCCACUCGGAUAUAUAUUAAAUAACAAAGUAAGUGAUUUACAAUUGCAAUCCAAUAAAUUGAAAGCAGAGCACAAGACGUUUAUAGAAAAAGAUCGAGAUUUGAAGAAGGAACUCAAAAGAUUAAAAACGAUAGCCACCGAUGCUCGGGAACACAUGAAUGAGGAGAUUCAAAGGAUGAGUGAUUUAAAGGAUCAAAAACUUGCUGAGGCUGAUAUGAGACAAAAAAUUGCGAUAUCUGAAAUAGAAAAGCGCCUCGCGGAACAAUACGAGGCUAAAGUGGAGCAUGUUCAAAAAGAAUUGAAGACAGAAUAUAAAGCCCAACUAUUACAAAUACAGCAAGAAAUUGAAUUGAUUUACGAAAAUCAACGUAAAAAUAGCGCGGAAGAAAACAUGAAAAAGAUAAAGGAAUCAUUGCAAACGGGUUGUACAGUAGUACAGUAG